UAAUUUUAACAAAAUUAAAGUUUUAAGAUAUAGUUGUAUUAAAAUAAUGUUGAAGGAGCUUAAUUUCAAAAAAAAAUGCCACUUAAAAACUAGGUUUAGUAAUUAUUCAUGGUGUAGCCUCUGUAAGUAUAAGCAAAUCCAGCAACUGGGCAAGCAUACAAAAGAGAGAUGGAAGUAGUUCGAGAGCGUCACAUGAAUGGUGGAACUGGAGAGAAUAGCUAUGCUCAAAACUCUUUGCUUCAGCAAAAAGUGAUAUCCAUGACAAAGCCAAUAAUAGAGAAAGCCAUGGCCAAUCUCUAUUGCAGCAGCUUCCCAGAGAGUAUAGCUAUUGCAGAUUUUGGUUGCUCUUCGGGGCCAAACACUCUAAUUACUAUAUCUGAAAUCAUCAAAGCAGCAGAGAACAAUUGUAGAAAGCUGGGUCGUCGAUCCCCAGAAUAUCAUGUGUUCUUUAAUGAUCUUCCAAGCAAUGACUUCAACACUAUUUUCAGGUCUUUGCCAAGUUUCCAAGAAAAGUUGAAACAACAAAGUAUUGGGCCUUGUUUCUUUUAUGGAAUCCCUGGUUCUUUCUAUGGUAGGCUCUUACCUCGCAACAGCCUGCAAUUCGCCUAUUCUUCUUGUAGUCUCCACUGGCUCUCUCAGGUUCCUGAAGGGUUGGAAAGUAACAAUGGAAAGAUUCAUAUGUCUAAUACAAGUCCACCAAGCGUGCUAAAGGCCUAUUAUGCCCAAUUUCAAACAGAUUUUAUCACAUUUUUGAAGUGUCGUUCGGAGGAAUUGAUUCCGGGUGGACACAUGGUAUGGACAAUGACGGGAAGAAGAAGUAAAGAUCCAUCUUCCAAGGAUGACUAUUAUCUGUGGGAGCUUUUGGCGAUGACUCUCAAUCAAUUAGUUUUAGAGGGAGCGAUAGAUAAAGAAAAGUUUGACUCCUUCAACAUUCCUCAAUAUACACCAUCGAUAUUUGAAGUGAUAUCUAAAAUUGAAGAGGAAGGAUCUUUCCUUAUUGAUCAGUUGGAAGUUUAUGAACAACACUGGAAUGCUUAUCACGAUGAACCUAACCUUUCUGAAGAUUUUAAAGAUCCAGGAUAUAAUGUUGCAAAGUUUGCAAGAGCAGUGUCUGAGCCCCUUAUCAUUAGCCACUUCUGUUUGGACAAAGCUAUUAUGGAUAAGAUUUUUGAUAGGUACAGGACAAUGCUGAAUGAUUACAUGGCAAAGGAGAAGACUAAAUUUGUUAAUUUAAUAGUGUCUGUGGUUAAGAAAGAGAUAUGAAAGAGUUGAGAUUUCAAUCCUCACAUAGUUGCACAAUUUGAAUUUUGCACCAUGCUCGAUUUGACACUUGAUACUGUAUAAUCUAUAUUGGUGUUUUGUUUUUGGUCCCUUUGUCUUUAGUUGCAUUUAUGUAUUCUUAGGGGUAUCUUUAGUUACAAAUAAAAAUAAAGAAGGGAACUCCGGUUUGACAACUUGUUUAAAUAAAGAUAUGCAUUUAUCAUUAUAUUAA